AUGAGUAGCAAAGGCUUCCAUCCGUUCAAGGGAAGAGUGAGCAGGCAUUUUGGGGAUUCGUUGGCGCCUGAUGAUGCAUAUCUUAGUUAUUAUGAUGUACGGCUUACGAAAGAAGAUGUCGAUACCCUCAAGAAUGACUGGCUCACCGAUAACACAAUAGCAUUCUGGGAAGAGUAUGAAGCCUCCCACCUCCCUGAAUCAGACCUAGCUAAACACACAACCAGAUACCUCGAGCGCGAAGAACUCCGCAAAUUCCCUUCCUCGCACAUAGUCCUCCUCCGCCCCUCCAUGGCAUUUAUGCUCAUGAAAACGCCCUCCGUGCUCUCCCUCCGCGACGCACUCCCGGACUUCACUUCCACAACACACAUUUUCCUGCCGAUCAACGACGCGCGCAACGUAUCGAUCGCGGAAGGCGGCUCGCACUGGUCCCUCCUCCUCGUAUCCGUGAUCGACGGCGUGGCAUUCCACUACGACUCCCUCUCCGCAUCGAAUUACAAUGAGGCGAUGCUGGCGACGCAGAAGAUUAGCGAGUUGUUGGGGAAGGGGCUGCGGUUUAUGAAUCUGCAGGAUAGUCCGCAGCAGGAGAACGGGAGUGAUUGUGGGGUUUAUGUUUGUAUAUUGAUGCGGCAUUUGUUGUUGAAGCGCCUGCUGAGUGCGAAUGCGAGGGAGAAGGUUAGUAUGAGUAUGGGUGGCAAGGUGGUGGAUGCUAGUGGGGGGAGGAAGGAGAUGUUGAGGACUAUUGAGGGGUUUAGGAAGGAGGGGGAGAGAAGGAGAUCGUAUGUUUUGUUUUUAUUU